ACCGCGUGUGACGUGAGAGUGCGCGCGCGUUGCAUCAAGAGCGUUCCUUGUUGCCGUUUCGGGGCUCCGGUUUCGAUGCGUUCGGUGUGUGCUUGCCGCUGUGGAUUCUGGUGAGCUCUGCCGUGUUUUUCCAUUUUCCCAGGGAAGGGUGUGACACGGCAAGGAAUGUUGUGAACUUUCUUGAGCUCGGCAGGCUAAAGUUCGCCGGAAUUCUCGAGGAGUAUAGUGAUUCCAGGUAUUAAUAUUCGCCAAUGUCUAAUGGCACUCUGCUGUCGAGCAUGGUGACGGUGUUUUCGGGGAAUGGGAAGUAUGUGUUUUCAGGGUGGGAAAUUAUGUGACAGCUGGCAGGCGACGAUACAGUGAAUAUCAUUCGCAGGAGUAUUUACCGGAGAAAAUCCCCAUGAAGCGUGCCCCGAGUGUCGAUGGAUUGGCCUAGUGUUUUGCGUGGAAGAUACGUUCAACCGCAUCGAAGGUGUGCUAGGUAAAUUUCGUCACAGAUGGUGACAGUGGAAUUCAAAGAUCAAAGAAACCUCUGAUAUCGGUGUGUUUCAACAUUUCACACGCAUGGCCGGAUUCCAAGCGAAGAAAUUAUCUACCGUGUCUGGAUUCGAAGAAGUGUUUACUGCUUUGCUUAGGUGAAAACCUUAAAAGUUUCACGUGGAAAAUCCUAUUAUGAAGAAAAGGGGUUUCGCCGACAGAACAGCCCAGCAGUAGGGAAAGUUGUAAAACUCCUUUGUAAGGAUACUGAUGGAAAACUGGGUGAAACAUCGGAUUCAAGAAAACCAAUGAAAAACGGAAUCAAUUGUGAUACGUGGCCAGUGAACAGUUCUCAGUCUGACACGUGGUUCGGUGUUCGUACAAAAGUGAAAUUAUUUAUUGAAACCGUGUGAAGAAAAGAAACGUAAAUCCUUAACCAGUUACGUUCGGUUCUAAAGGGUGCGGUGAAUGUGUGGUGUUGUCAUAGGAAGGGGGAUUUUGUGCUAGUGAAAGAAGGAAGAAACUGCUUUGUGAAAUUUUGUUUAGCUGAGGAAAUCUGAAGGAUUUACCGGCAUUUAACCGAAAAAGUACAACUCAUCCUUGGGAGUGUUACGCAUUUGUGAACAGUUUGCAGUGUGCCGCCCGAACGCCGAGUUGAGUUCUCCACCUUCGUCAAACGUCAGGACACUUGAAAACAAAUAUACCAACGUCGGAACAAGGCUAAUUACACACACAACCACACGUACACCGCUAGCAACACUGGAGAACAAAUAAUCAACGGAACGGAGCCGGAGCAACAUCACCGUUGCUAAACAACAGCAGCGGCAAGGCGACACCUAAAAGUAGGCUAAAGGGCUCUCCUUCGUCGACGUGUUCUACUGCUUCAGCUGCUCCAGUUGCUGUUGCUGGAAAACAGCCCUCACCGACAGAGAGACCGCAAAAUUUAUGGCUUCGGCUAACGACAGCUGACAGCGGAGGCAAUAAUUUGUACAUUACGGAACCGGCUGGGACACCGAUCGUUGGCCAAGUGUGGAGACAUCAUCGCUCUCGGACCGGACCGGGAAGCGUGGCGAGCACACCCAGGCAAACCUGGCCGAAAAGUGCUGGACGGACCGAACUGCAGCAGCGCCGGACCGGAGACCGGAGAAACUUUUUAAUGGAAACGCCAACUGCAACUUUAUCGUUCAACUAUGUUUAAUCGCCAAAAUGAUACCGUUCUGCUUAACAGUGCUACUCCUCCUGCUGUCGCCCGUUCUCAGUGCUGACUGGAGCGCCAGCUGUCCAGCGAGCUGCAUCUGCAAGUGGUCCAGCGGCAAAAAGUCGGUCCUGUGCAACAACCUCGGCCUCGGUACGAUUCCCUCGAACCUGUCCACCGAGCUGCAGGUUCUGGUGCUGAACGACAACAACAUCCCGUAUCUGAACCGGGAGGAGUUCACCGGUCUCGGACUGGUGAACCUGCAGAAGAUUCAUCUGAAACACUCCCGAGUGAAAUACGUCAACCGGGAGGCGUUCAAGAAUUUGAAGAUACUGAUCGAGGUAGAUCUAAGUGAAAAUGAGAUCGAGUCGCUGGAUAAGCAAACGUUUUCUGGCAACAAUCGACUGCGGAUUAUUAACCUGUACGAUAAUCCACUGAAACAGCUGGUGCCGGAUCAGUUUCCGGUGCUGCCGUACUUACGAAACAUCGAUCUGCAUGGCUGUCAGCUGAGUGUAGUGGCGGAGACGGCAUUCUCCAAUCUGGAACUGCUAGAGUUCCUGGAUCUGACGAGGAAUCAGUUAGAAAGCUUACCUCGGUACGUGUUUAAUCACAUGAAAAACCUAAAAACUUUAAUGUUGGAAGAGAACCCCUGGAACUGCGACUGCCAUCUGAGGGAGUUCCGGGGGUGGUAUUUGAACAAUUCAUUGAACCGAAGGAGUCUAAAGUGUCAGCAGCCGUACAGUCUGAAGGGUUUAACGUGGGAGUCGAUUGAAACCGAUCAGUUCGGUUGCAUGCCACAGCUGAGAAUUUAUCGAGAUGACGUGGAUGACAUUGAAGAUUUAGGGGCUAACAUCACGUACAGAUGUGUGGCUUUCGGAGAUCCGGAACCGACGGUGACCUGGGAUCUCAACGGGAAGAUUGUGGAUCAGGAAAAUAUGAUGCUAGAGCACGAGCGGAUCACAAGGUUCGAUGGGAAUGCGACGCUUUGGAGUAAUUUGACGAUACUGAAUAUCACUAGUAAUGACUCGGGCUAUUACACGUGCACCGCAAGUAACAGAAUUGGGUUCGUGAGUAAAAAUUUCAGUUUGAUUCUACCGGAGGUGGUGGAACGAGUAAUCAUCAAAACGCCGGAAACUUUUUGGUAUUUUGGUCUGAUACUGGGCAUUUUUGGGACGAUCUUUGGACUAUUAUCGUUGUCGGUGGUGAUUUGCUUGUGCAAGAGGAAGUUGCGAAUGCGACGGAGAAAAAAGAAUAUCAAGAGUAGUGUAAGUUUCAACGACCAAGAGAAGAAGUUGCUGGAUCUAAGUAUAACGACUAACGAGAGACAGGAGUUCAGUGCUAGCGAUGUGAUGACUCCUUCAACGAAAACUGAUUCCACGAUAGCGAUGGAACCGGUACAAAUAACAAUCGAAUCGAUUGCUGCUAAGAGGGACGAGUUCCCGCUGAAUGUAGGUGUGUUCCCUCCACCACCGGAGUUCUGCUCCCAGAUGGUACCGAACCCCGCAUAUGGCAACAUAUUCAUCUCCGUAUCAGUGACGCAGGACGCGUUGGACAAUCCCGAUUUGAACAUGUAUCCGGAUCUGUUGAACAUCCCGAACCGACACAAGGGCAAACUGAUACCGGUGAACGUGUCGUCGUAUGCAACGCUACCUCGCAAGAAUCGACCCGCAUUGACGGCACUAAGUAGCAGUCAGCCACCCUCCCUGACGGCGGUACCUCCUCCGAGCAUUCCGAACCAACAUCCUACCCCAUCGACCAGCGGAAUGGUAGAGCAGCUUCAGCUGCAGGACAGUAUCGUCAAUUACUCAAACAUCGAAGAUUCCUGCGAAAUCACCAGUUUGGGCAGUAACCCAAGCUCCAUGUGCGAGGAGUGUAGCAAAUUGUUCAACUCCUCCACCAAGAUGAAUGUUCGCUUCAACAAGGCCGAAGCGGUCAACAAGUGUGAGAAUAGUUUCCCCUGUCUCAAGUACGACAAUAUGGGCCGGAGGUACACGGCCAGCGGUAACUCCACACUAUCACUGCCCGAAGACGAUCGUCAGGCCGUACUGGAGCAGGAAAGUAUCUUCAUCAAGCAGGAAAUUGAACCAAUCAAGGAAGUUCCAACACCUCCGGAUCCACCAGCAACUCCAACCAGACCGUGCCCUAAUCUGGGCAUUUCGGCCGUUGGAACGGCAGCCAUUUUCGUAACCGGUAACGACUUCGUCUCGCUGUAGUGCCCCUUCCACAUCCAAGCGAUAGUACAAAAGUUAAACAGCAUCCCCUGAAGUAGGUAAUCUCCCCCCGUAAAACGGAUUGAAGAGUCCUGGUAUCGGUUGUAGAUUACAUUCUUCCGUAGCCCGGCGAGUCUUUUUGGCUUACACUCAAGUUGACAGCCGAAGCAGAGUCGAACCACGAAGUGUGAUAUAGGGUAACAGUUAAGGUAACUAACCGAUUAUUAUUACGGGAUAGGAGCUGCUUUUUCCUCUUUUGAAAUCAGACAGAUCCAACAGACACCCAACUAAACAGUAGAGGGAUGCCCCAUUCUUAGAAAGGAAGAGCCAUGAUACUCUCUUAAUACUAGAUUGAACGCCUAUCUACGCAAGUAAAAUCAAAUAGCCUAAAUUCGCUGCUUAUACAACAGAAGAGAAAAAGAAAUAAAAAAAAAAGUCAAUCAAAACAUCAGAGAGUUGAACUUUGCUAGGAAAAUUAUCUGUUAUCAUCCGAGCGGUUGCCAAUUAAAACUGUACAUAAACAAACUUCUCCCAUCAGCGGUAGUAGAUUGGAUCAGAGGCAAUCUAAAAACGAUUUUGCUUUGUCGGGCGGUUGUAAGUACCUUGAGAGAAAUUCUUUCAAAUUCAAUAACGAUUCAUCUCCAAUAACUCGAUUCCGAACCGAACAGAACCGAGUUGAACGCAGACAGGGGUGGGGCAAUUCAUCAAUUUAUGUUUACCCAUUAUGAUCCCGGUGCCGACCGGAGACAGUAAAUAUGUAUGUAAACAAUCAAACAGAGUCAACCAGAGCAUGUAUGUAGUAAAUUGAUUUCUCACUUUUUCCAGAGGUAAUAUCAAAUUUCAAUCAACCUUUUAUCAGAAUCAUAUCUGGCUAGGUCGAGAGAUGGAUCAUCCAGGCCGCGAGAAACAGAAAUAACGGUAGGAUAUAGGCUAGAUGAUUCACACAUAUAGCCAAGCGGGUAUCUUUCGACAUGUGUGUUCGGAAAUGUUGAAACAUGGAAAAUUUCUAACGCCUUCAAGCGAAAGCUACAUGUAUAGCUAUCACGGCAAGGGAACCAGCCACAUUGUAGCAAUUUUAUUUUGGAAUUUAGUUAAUUGAAUUAGCCUUACUUCAAUUUAAAUUUAGAUAUAGGUAAUUCAUUGGGAUUUUUAGGUAAGUUCAUGUAUCAACAUUCCGGCCACCUUAAGGUAGCACCGAUGCUUAACUUCUAUCAGAACUGCGAUGUUUUGGUACAGCUUCAGUUGCAGCCACUUCAACGUUACUGGAAAGGAAUCAUGGCAGACCACUUUGAUAACCUAGCUGAAAAUCAUCACCCGUUGGGCUAAGCGACACAAGGCUAGAUCAGCCUCGCGUAGAUAGAUUCUCCAACUGCUCUAGAUUGGUCUUCUGGAGAACAGGUCAUUUAAAACUGAAAAAUCGUAUCCAGUGUAAUUGCAAAGCUCUCUACAGCUGCAACCGUUCUAAGAUAUAUGCUCCCGAUUUGAAGGGUAACGGUUCGGAGAUCGUACGGUACGAGCGAUUUAUCGCGGCUGGGAUGCCAAAGAAUACGUUGAAACGGGCGGUCCUCGAUGUGCAGCUGGAUCUGUCGUUACAUACGUUUAAAGGCAGCUAAGAUGGUGAUCGGGAACCUUACAACGAUUAACAGCAUGUCUUCGUGGAUACGAGCUGAUGAUCGCAGAUGAAAAACUAGGACCAGGAUUUCUUGAAAACAGGAUGUAAUAUUGGAAGAAUGGCUAGCUGACCCAAACACGAAAAGUGAAGUCCAAAUGCACGAGGAAAGAGAAUAUUUGUGCAGACUUACCACUCAACCGUCUUCCUCGUCUUCUAUUCGCGGACACAGGGAUACUCCCGUUCGGCCAGAACACACAUCUGUAGCUUUCUCAUUCCAGGACUAUCUCGCUUAGUACAAUUUUUCGUCUUGUGCUUCUUUGUUCUGCCGCGAAUUCCCUCACACGUACACAAAUGAAUAACACGAAUGCAUCACACUGAAACAGAUGAUCCUUUACGGAAUUCUUUACGGGAAGAGCACAACUAUGAAUGUUUCGCCCUAUUUUUCACUGCUUUCAACCGCCACCACCAAUGAUGGUAUCAGCUCCGUGAUUGAUUCCGAACUCGCUGUGUUCCGACAGACUAAUUGGUAAUUUUCGAUCAUUAAUUUAUGGUUAGUUUCUCGCAAUCACUGAGAAACAACUUCGAGAUGUUACGCGUUAUGAUAGCGAAUGGACACGUACACUGCCUCACACACUCGCGGGCCACGAGAAGAGAAUAAUGCAGCGGAGAAAAACUGCUCCUGCCUUUUGCUACUUGCUCGCACAAAUAAUUUGCGGUUUUUUUUUUCUUUUUUGGCCGCUCUCACCGCCAGGGGUGCCAACCUUCCAGAUUUGGCUGGAUUCUACCAGAUUUUUAAGCUUCGUCCAGACAUACAGAUUUAUGUUUGUCUGAUCCAGAUUUCAGAAAAUUUGUCCAGAUUUAUCCAGACAAUUUGAAAAAUAAGAAAAUGUGAUACAAAAAUGCAUAGUAGAUUUUCAAACCACCAUUUCGAACUACGAUUUAAAACUUUUUGGACUAGCUGGAAACACAAAAUAUCAGUUUUUUUUUCGCUAAAAGCGAAUAAUUUUUUUUGAGUUUUCAUCAGAUGGAAAUUUCAGCAAUCCAAGAUGCUGAAAGCUUACAGCAUCAAAUUCAAUCCUCAAGCUUUUUCAAAAAAAAAUUGGCUAUCCAGACAAUUCCAGACUUUUUCGAAAAUUAUUACAGAGUUUUUGGAAAAGCACUUGGCAUCCCUGCUCACCGCACGUCCGCACCUAAGAGAAGAGAAGACAAUCGCGUAGCCAAUUUGAUCCACUCCUAACCUCAAUAUUGAACCAGCUUCUGAUUGGUCGUUUUGCCAGUCAAGAGCGUUCAUAAUAUUUUCAAACGGGAUGAAAACCAGUGCUGCUGAAUUUAUUUUGGCUACUUUCCAUACACAUGAACAUUUCAUGCAAAUUGAAUAAAUACCCUGAAUGAACUACGUGUAUUGUUAAGAGAGACGCGAAUAAACAUAAAAUUCAAUUUUUAAAUGCAGCUAGUAUUAUGAAUUCUUGACAGAGAGUCGAUAUUUGAGGUACAAUUAUUUUCAGCAAUUGUGAAAAACAUGCAAAUGGAAUCUGGCAAUGAUGGAUGCUUGUUGUCUUUGGAAUUACGACAGGGCCUGGUAGAUAAAAUUAAGAAGAGCAAGAAGCCUGUUGUCGUCUCUUCUCUUGGGUCCGCACUCAAGCGGCUAUGACUUUUUUCUGAACCAUCCCUGUCAAAAAAAUGCGGACGAACAUGGUCAGGCGAUUUAAAAAGUUUGACGUUUGACUCAACUCGCCUAUGCUAAUUGUCCUUAGGAACAAAUGCAAUUUGCGAAUGCGAUUUAAAGGCAAUUUCAAUACUUAGACAAAUUUUCUGGCGGCUGAAAUGGACUUGGUUGUUUUUGCGUUUUUCAAACAUGGCGGUUCAGUUUGGCUUAAACUUAAAAUAUUUUAUUUAACGAUUGGCGUGAUCUCGCUUAUAUUUUGUUUGUCUAAUGCACUUCAUUUAACCAACGAAUGUGGGAAAUUGUGGAAUCGUGUGAAAAUACAGUGGAACAAGAUAUCUGACCUAAAAUAUUAAUAAAAGUCAGAUUGUGGUUGGUUUUGGUGUGCAAUUCCAAUUUCACCAUUGAUUCUUCCUAAAGUUCCUAGUGUAGUGAUAAGUUUAUGUGAGUAGACAAUGAAUCCGAAAAUAAGUAAUAUUUGUAAUUUUCAUAUUAGGCAAUUAAGGGCGAUUAAAUGGCGCGUUCCCUGGGCGAUUUGGGGGCGAUCUAAGGGCGGGUAGAGCGGCUGAAAAAUGACGGCGGCAAAUCGCCCAAAUGUUGCAUUUGAAAUAGCCCCCCAAUUGUCAGCAAUUUGCUGGCAAAUUGUAGGGCAACUAGCGCAACCGAGUUGGCAAAUAGCCCCCCGUUAGCCAGCAACUAGCCCUUUUUGACUGGGAUGCGAUUUUUUUGACAGCUCCAGUGCUGCCGUCAUCCCGCGACUAACAACCCAUCGCAGGUGGGGUGCGUUCACGUCUUACUGUAUUUUUCGACUACGUGCUACAUACUUCCGUCUAACACCUCAUUAUUGCACUUGAUUACCAUUUAUCCCAGCCUCAUGACAACCCUAUACCAUCAUAUGGAGUUUGACAGCGACCGACAUAUAUGGGGCGUUAUAGCUAUAAAGCCCCAAACAGAAUUAUGUUCGGCACUAUGCUCGAUAUUCAAGCAUUCUGCACGACGUUUUGCAUCUUGUGGGAUGAUUUAAUAUCAUAUCAUUCAGAAAAUCGACAUUUUGUAACUAAAUACAGCUUCUAAUCAUUCGGUUCAAAAUCAAUGGUUUGCCUUUCAUGGCAGUGAUGCUGGCUGUACAGAGACGUCGUCCUUGACAGGAGGCUGAUUUAUCCAUUUUAAACGAAACACAGGAUGGUGUGAAAUGUAGCAGUGCACGUUACUGUCGUCUGCUAGAUCGACGAGCUUUUCCAAGUGCGCAAUUUGUGUGAAUUGUUACAUUGAUUUGGUGGUAGUAACAUAAAGUUCUUCAUACUGUUUUUCUUCAACGGAAUACACCGAACACGACUCAAUACUGUUCAAGGAUUAGAUCGACAGUAGACAGAUACGUAGAAUGGUGGGCUGAUCGAUGGAGAUCUUCCUGGAAAUAGUCCAUCCAAACACUAUUUCUAUCAGCAACGGUGGUCUACCCCCCCCCCCCCCCCCGGAGAAAGCUUGCUGCCAGGAUACCACUGGUGAUACGCUUCAUCACCGACAACCAUGUCAGUGACGGAUGGGAUGUUCUGGGGUUUGCCAAAAUUUCACACGGAAAUGUCCAUUGCAGCGGUUGGAAAACUGACUCUUGAGAACCAAAAACUCAAGUUUGCUGGAGUAUGAAGUUGACUUUGACUUGAUGAUAGUAGUCAUUUAGCUUGAGCAGUUUAGUGCUCUCACCGACAGCAGCUACUGGGAUAUCCCAUGUCCACCUUGGUGCGACGGAGUUUCAGGAAAUUCGUGAGGUUCUUUGUGAUAAAGUUCCACGUGGAUCCUGAUAUUUCCUUGCCGCUCUAAUCUACGACGAGAAAGGAAACCUUUUUCCUGCAAAACUGCACUAUGCUAAGCUGUUUGUCUUCACUGCACUGGAAGGGCCAGUAAUAAAGGAUGUCGAGGGAAUCGACUGGCUUGCCACGCUGACAGGAGUAGAUUGCAUAUUCGACGGUGUUGGCUCGUGUAGCAGGAAGUGGUAUUUUUCGAGGCAACUACGAUACAAGAACUUGAAUGUACAGACCCUGGCUUGCUGUCCAGUACGAAAGCAAUUUCAAGAUAGGUAGGACGGCGUAGACUUACGGUAGCGGCUUCCUAUGACAUCGGAGACUGAGGAGAGUACCGUAGUUUAAUUCAGCGGUAGCUGCCUUGUACACCAUCUUGAACGAUAUCGGAGCUGGAAUCGGACCGGCCACCAUGGUUGUAACUAUGUGUUAAGUGCAAUAUUGCAGAUAAGUCAUAAUUGAGGUCAACAUGUAGAUACGUUGGUAGAGCACAUAGUGGGAUCCAGCUUGUAGUAAAGGAGAUUUCUUAACGGGGUGUUCUAAUAAUGGCUAGACUCGCCCAACUUUGUCGAAGCCGUAACAAUCCAGUGGAAAUCAUUAACUAAAAUGUGGAUUUCUUGAAGAUCUUUUCGCUUGAUCCGAGAGAGAUCGUAAAGAGCUUGGAAGAAGCGUGAAGCGUCAACCACAGGAAAAGCUUGUUGUCGUACCACCUUAGCAAGGUUUCCUAAGUCUAUGCGUAGUAGUCCGCUUCUAUAUCUACGGACUCCAAUGGCUUUCGAGCUUCUUCCUACAGUGACUGCAAUAGGUACUUUAGCUUCGUAACAGACAGAAUAGCUGCAUUACUGUGGAUCAUCGACGUAUACAUGUCAGGGAAUGCGAGCCAUCGCCGUUAAACUUGGGUAGGUUGAUCUUGGGUGAGCGUAGGUGGAACGAGGUGGAAGCAGGUGCCGCCAUUGCAUUGUAUUGUUCAACAUACCCAAGGAACAAUUUGAAUUUUUAUAACGCGCUGCAAGUGCAAUCUAAGUUUUAUCAGUAGCAACAGAAGUACCAUAAAACCUUCAAUUGUAAGGAGGGUGAUUGAAUUGGAGUCAGCAGUACCAUUGUACAAUAAAAAUCCUGUAAUCGUAAAAUAACUGGUCCAGAAAUCCAGUUAUUUGUUUGAUUUUCAUGGGGGUUAGAAAAAUCUCUAAUCCAAUGUGCGGGGUUGGAAAUUAAACCCAGUUUAGCUGCGUACAAGACAAUCGAUUUACCAUCUACGCUAUGCCCGCCCCUUUUCAUGCGUUCUUCCAGGUGGAUAUCCAACAUCUCCGGCUUAUCGUACAGAUCGAAAUCCUUCGCAAACUUCUACGGUGCCUACUGCAUUAAAAGGAUCCCUUUCCGCAGGAUCAAGUAGUCGGACAGUUUCUUUUCUGUCUAGAUUAACACCAUUUUACCACUACAUGUAUUUUCAUUACCACCACUUAAAUGAUCGAAAAUAAUACAAAUCAAUAAAAUAAACCUUCUAGCCAACCCAUAGACAAUUGGAUAGCUGUCGUCGUACCAUUGGCUCGGAUGGAUCGGACGGUCGGAGCCAAACAGCAUUCUUCGCAGGAUUCACAUGUGUAGUGUGAUCUACACCAGGCCACCAGCAACUUUCUCGCAGACGUCGCUUUAUAUUAAUUAGGUGGGUGUCCUUCACGACCCAGAAGGGUAAUAUUGAAGAGAUUCUGCUCUCCAUGUUAGGAGCGGCUCUAAACAGCUUAUUUCCCGGAACAGAUGUAACGUGCAUGCCGGAUCAAAGACUAGCUAAAGCCAUUUUCCGUAGAGAUCCGAAAGAGGUCAUCGACUUCGGGAUAAACCCCGUAUUUGUUUAGCGACUGCAGAAUGGCGAUGACAGCCCAAGAUUGAUACCCGUGGAAUUGUUCGGCUGCGAUGAUGACUGCCAUGCCUUUUAAAGGAAAGCGUGGGACCAAAGAACGAGUUAUCCGUUUAUCUGGACUUACACGUAGAGAUAAGGAAGCUGGGUUUUUGACGACGUCCUCAAGGUGAUGUGCUGUCUCCACUUCUAUGGAACCUUGUCGCCGAUAGCUUGUUGAGGAAACUUAAUGAACGAUUUUUUCAAUUAACUAAAAGGAUCGAUCAACCUGCUCCCUUCUAUUGAGGACUAAAAAGAUUGUGGUGUGAAGUAAUGGAAGCUUUAUGAACGAAAGUUUUCGUAAAUUUUACAUAUUUAAUGUACAUUACAUGAAUGUUAUUGUUGAAAACGGCUUUAUUUUUCGGAAAAGAAACGAAAUGUUUCGUUUAUUUUAAUAAACGUUUACGUAUAUUACAAACGCUUUCGUUUGCCGCAUUCUAUGUUUUAGGAUCAAUGUUUGACAGCACCGAUUUUUUAUUAAUUAAAAAGAUCGAUCUGGCAAAUUCGAUUCUAUUUCAACCUGCUCAUCAUUAUUGAGUACUAGAAAGAUUGUGGAGUGAAGAAAUGGACGCUUGAUGAACAAAAGUUUUAGUAACUUUUACUUAUCAAGUGUACAUGGCACGAAUGUUAUCGUUGAUAACGACAUUAUUUUUCGUGAAUGAAAUGAAAUCAUUCGUUUAUUUCAAUAAAUGUUUGUGUAUAUUACGAACGAAUUCAUUUCGUUCAUCUUUGAAAAGUUUUCGUAUUUAUUAUCUUCUUAUUUUUUCAUUCGAUCUUUUGAGAUCGAUGUUUGACAACACCGAUUUUUUUAGUUAAAAAAGAUGGGUGGGUAAUGUCUGCGACAUAACCGGAGAGAUGUAGAAUACAUAAGGAACACGUUCUUCAAAUAUGUUGAUACUCAUUAGGAUUUUCGGACAAAAGCUGAUUUGGGCGAGGAAUAUUUCAAAUUAUUCUUUACAAAAAUGAUGGUGGUCCUGAAAAGGACCGGUUUUGUUGGCGUUGUUGGCCUUGGUGAGGGAGAUGGCUAACGAUGAAAUUAAUUGUUAGCAUGAGGAAGUCGCGUAGUACUGGCCAAUGGAAGAACAGAUAAUAAUUGAUUCCUGAAAAUCAAUUUUUCUUUAUUCAUGUAAAUUAUACAUACUUACAAAUCUAACAGAAGAUUCCUGAUCAUAUUUCUGAAUCAUUAGUGCGAACAUUGUGUAAUUUGGUUAAGUACAAUGAAAGUUACAAACUUUCCAAACUCGACCUUCUGUUCAUUCAGAAAUAUUGAAAAGGGGUGUCGUGGUCACAAUAAAAAAAGAUGGGUGGGUAAUGUCUGUCACAUAACCGGAGCGUCGUGAUUUCAAUUCGAGACGUUAAUUUAAAUCUAAUAAUAUUCAACAGAAUCACGUUAGAAUGGGAAAUUUUCAAAUAAUUCUCUAUGGUAAUAAUGGUGGUUCUGAAAAGAACCUUUGGUAUCGGCGUUGGUGUUGAUGGUGAUGCGCUGGAUCGUUGGAUAUUUUUGGCAUGAUAGUUACGUGCCUGGCGAACUGUUUUGUAGCCUCGAACAAAACGACAAGACUGGCUUCUUCGGGUACCAUUACGGCUGAACUUUAUAAGCUUAGCUCGACUUUGAAAUCCUGCACAAUCUCACGAAUCAGACACUGGUAGGGCCAUUUUGUUUGCUACUAGCACGGAGCUGCACAAAAAAUCAUUUAAUGCAGUUAGUUCACGGGGGCUGCCAAAAAGCUUGAAUAGAAGCAUGCGACUUCAACGUUUCUCUUAAACACAUGCAACAACACAUUCGUUUUGGUAAUACUGAUAAUAACAGUAGAAAGGAAUGGAAAAGCAGUGCACGAAACGAGCGAGAGGAUAAUUUAAAUUUUUGUUCCUUGUGCAAGCUACUUCUUUCCACCCAACGUAUUAUGUUGCUUGUUGAAAAUUUGCUACACACCUUAAAAUAAAAGUUUCAGUUUAACUCUCACUAGAACACAAUUGAUUGGUCCUGAAAAGAACCGUUGCUUUUAUUGUAAUUUACGCCCACUCCCACAAACCGACCAAGUAGGCAUCACUGGCUUCAUUACGGCUGAGUUUUGUAAGCGUAGCUCGACUUUGAAGUAAUACACAACCUUACGAACCAGACGCUGGAAUGUUAGCCAGCGGAUUAGUUGCUCCGUUGCCCUUUAGUUGGGGCGAAAUACUAGCAUGGCGACAGUUCCUGAUCGGUAGUUGGUUGCGAUGGGCCACCAGUAGCUGGGGCACUUUUGCGGACCGUCAUCAUCGCCAACUGCUUUCCUCCGGUGGACUGGCUGCUUGCUAGUGCUUGAACGAAUACGAAUGAUGAGAAAAACCGACCGACCAAUAUUCAUAUAUGAAAACACGAGAAAGCACUACUAUCGCUCUCCCGCUCGUUUUCGUGCCAUUCCUGUGCCUUUCCUUUCCGUUCGGCUACCAAUACUAGCAUAACCAAAACGAAUAUUCUGUCGUUCCAUCGCCUUCAAUCUAGUGGCCAGUGCUAGCAAACUUGCAUGUUCAGUUUUUCAAUAACAACAUUCCAACAAUAUUUUCAAAGAAUGUUGCAGAUUUGAAAAGAAGGAAGGAGAAGAUUUUCACAAAUUUAAAUUCUUUUGUUUUAUUUGUUAGCGCUGAUAAAGGCUAUUUAGUUUGCUACUAGCAAGGAGCUGCACAAACAAAUCGAUUUAUGCAGUUAAUCAACGGAGGCUGCCAAAAAGUUCGAAUAAAAGCAUGCGACUAGUGUACUUUGCAUGUUCUAUAUUUUAUCAAUACUAGAGAGGAUCAAUAAAAUAAUUCAAAUUGUUAUAGCGACAUGCAAUUGUGGCAACACUGGCCAUGAGAUGGUGGGGGAACACGCACAUUCGUUUUAGUUAUGAUGGUAGUAGCAGCAGAAAAGAAUGGAAAAGCAGUGCACGAAAACGAGCGAGAGAAGAUAAUUUAAAUUCUCUUU